AUGGGCAUCGACUUCACAUAUUUUAAAGGCUCCGGCAAUGGAGAGGUGGUUGAGGCAGCAGGUCAUCGUGAUCUGGGACCAACCCAAGUCAGUGUUAAGAUAACACACUGUGGUGUUUGUGGCACCGAUGAACAUUACCGUCACGCUGAUCAGGGCCUUGGACACGAAGGUAUCGGAAUUAUCACCGAGAUCGGGUCUUCCGUGCAAGACUUGUCAGAAUUUCGAGUUGGGGAUCGAGUUGGCAUGGGCUGGUACCACAAGUUCUGUGGUCAUUGCAAAUACUGCGUAUCAGGUCGCCAGACACUAUGUAUCAACCGCACCUCCUACGGUACUGCAGACGGGGACCAGGGAUGCUUUGGGACAGCAUUAGCUUGGGAUAUCUCUGCUUUGUACAAGAUCCCCGACGCGCUUUUAUCUGAGGAUGCUGGCCCCCUGAUGUGCGGAGGAGCAACCGUGUGGACUCCUUUAUACGACUCCGGAGUGAAGCCUGGAGACCGCGUCGGCAUCAUCGGGAUUGGUGGUCUAGGACACAUGGCAAUACAGUUUGCCUCCAAAAUGGGACUCGAGGUUGUCGUGUUCUCAGGCACGGAGUCAAAGAAGCAGGAGGCGCUUGACUUUGGAGCAUCGGAGUUCCACGCUACCAAAAAUGUGGAGUCGUGGGAUUCCAUCCGUCCCCUGGAUAUUCUAAUGAUCACCACAAGCGUUAACCCAAAUCUGCCGUUGUACUAUCCAAUCUUGGCCAAUGGGGCAAAGAUUUUCCCCCUCACGGUCAGCACUGAAAACUUGGAUGGUGUCACGCCACUGAACCUGAUCACCGGGAACUUCAGCAUUAUCGGGUCUGGCGUUGCAGCCACUGCAAGUAUGAGAACUAUGUUGGAUUUUGCCGCCAGAUACGGGAUCAAGCCGCAGAUUGAAAAGUUCCCAAUGACCCUUACAGGUGUCCAGGAUGCUAUGCAAAAGCUGAGGGAUGGUAAAAUGAGAUACCGUGGAGUACUUGUGGCUCCCUAG